AUGAGCGUGGCUGAGAAGGAGAGCCGUCUGCUGGAGAGGGAGGUGGCGGCCCGCAGCCCGGAGCUUGAUGCCCUGAGGAGGGAGGUGGAGCGGCUGCACUGUCACAGCCAUGCCCACACCCUUGGCCUCCCAGGACGCAUGGACCAGGUGGAAAAAAAGUACCGGCAGGUCCAGAGCGCCCUGACCCAGCAGAGCUCUGAGCUGCAGGACACCCGGAUGCUGACGGAGUUCCUGGAGCGGGUGGAGCUGGAGGAGAUCCAAGACCUGGGAGGGAGUCAGUACAGCCUAGGCCAGCCGCUCCACACUGACAUUUCCUCUGCUCCAACGUUACUGGAGCUCCAGGACAGCGGGGCCGGCGACCCCCUGAUGGAGGGCAUGGGAGACCCUGUGGAAGAGCUGCGAGAGGCCGUGGAGAUGCUGAAUGACACGGCGAGGGAACGAGGCCGAUCACAGAGUCACGACCAGGCCGUCAGGGAGCUGCUCAGUAAGGUACGAAGACCAGAUCUGCGAAGGUUUAGUUCAAAUCAGAGAUGCACCUGA